GCGAACGUGCAGUGCGCCCCCACGUCCUGGAGCGACGGCAGCGUGCGGUGCGUCGCCCGGCACGUGCCGGCCGGCGCCUGGAGCGUGCGCCUGUGGCACCCGGCCGCCGGCCUGUCCUCCGCGGCACCGGAGCUGUUGCGGCUGGCGCCCACCGUCUCCGAGGUCGAGAUCCAGGGCGCCGUGCUGCCAGUCAGCGGGCCCGAGAGGCGGCUGACGGGUGGCACCCUGCGCGCGGGGCUGAGGGGCGGGAUCGAGCUGAUUCUGCGGGGUGAGCACUUCGGGCUCGACCCGGGCCAGACCGAGGUGCUCGUGUGCGGCAGGCAGUGCAGAGUGCUGGAGGCCAACAGCAGCACCAGCCUCCGGUGCGAGACGCCAGAGUUGAGGAGUGCGGCGUUGGCAGACAUGUACCCCAGCGCGUUCCCUGUCGAGGACUUGGCGCCCUACGCGAGCUCUUUCUACACCGAUCAGGGCGCCGACGACGCAGACGAGGUCGCCCUCGCGAACAGCACGUUUACGUCGUCCGUGGACCACGAGAUCAAUUUCUACUACGACCUGAGGUGGCACAACCGCGACGACUGCUGGUUCGCCUUCGAGCUCCCCUCGCACCAGGUGGCGCGCCUCCAGACCGUGAGCAUCUUUCCCGCGACCGACCCGAACCAGAGAGAGCUGGCCACCGAGACCGUGUUCGAGGUGCGGAGCCUCUUGAACGACUCCGACUGGAUCACCGUCGCGAGCCUCACCGAGGCCGAGGUCACCGGGCAAACCAUUGCGCAGGGUUGGAACGUGUUCGGCACAGAGGGGGUGCUGGCGCAAGCGUUCCGAGUGCGACUGCUCCCCAGCAUAUGCAACAGCCCAGGGGAGUUGAUGCGCGGCGCGCGCUUCAGCGGGGUGCUGUUGGAGGCGGACGACUCCGGCGUCUGCAACGUCUCCAUCGGACACGUCCUGCACCCGCUGGCGUCGGAGGCCAGCGUGCCCGUGCCCACGUUCAUGGAGAUCGUCCACGAGGUUGAGCGCACUCCGCUGCUGAUGUCGCUGUCGCCGACCAGCGGCUCUGCGAGGGGAGGCACGCUGGUGACGUUGAGUGGCUCCGGCCUGAUGCCCUUGGUGUCAGAUGCCCCCACGGCCGACCCCGCGCUUGUCAGGGUGUUCCUGAACGGUUACGCUUGCGAGGUCACCUCCGUGAACGACACGCAGGCGGUGUGCUUGACCGCUGCGCGUGACGGGGCUAUCAAUCCAGCGUCUACAACAGUGUGGGUAGCCGGGAAGGGCUAUGCCACAAUCGUCGGCCCAGGAAAUGAGACCAACCAGACAAUGUUCCGACACUUUCGAUACAUUGACAGGUGGAGCGACGUGCGUAGUUGGCUCGACUCCGAGCCGCCAUUCGACGGGGACUCCGUCAUCGUGCCCGAGGGUCAGGCAAUCUUGCUGGACGUAGACUCGCCCAAGCUGUUCCUCGUCAUCGUCAGCGGCGUGCUGGAGUUUGACCGGCGGGACCUCACCUUCAACGCCACGUACAUCUGGGUGGCGGGCGGCAGCUUCUCCGUCGGGACCGAGGAGGACCCUUUCCUGCACAAGGCGACGAUCACGCUCCACGGCGACCGGUGGUCGACGAUCGAGCUGCCGUUCAUCGGGGCCAAGAUGCUCGCGGUCACGAACCUGGGCGGGCUGCACACGGGCUGCUCCACGCAGGGCCUCCGCCUGACGAGCUCGGGCUUCACCGCGGUCUCGGACGUCUGCGGGGUCCGGUCCGUGGGGAAGCUCGACCUGCACGGCCGCCCGCAGACGUCGUGGACGAGGCUCGUGGCCACCGCGCCGGCGGGCAGCACGCUGCUGCAGCUGGAGGAGCCCGUGGACUGGGACGUGGGCGCCAAGGUUGUCCUGACGACGUCGCUGCGGAGCGCCAGCGACGAGGUGCUCACGGUGAGGUCGGUGAGCCACGGCGGCUUCGCCCUGGAGGUCGAGGAGCCACUGCAGCACGAGCACAUCGGAGAGUGGUACUUCCACCAAAACACCACGCCGACCGACCUCCGGGCCGCUGUCGGGCUGCUGACGCGCAACGUGAAGGUCCAGGGCGACGACGCAUCCGAGAGGCACGGGAACGCCUACAUGUUCGGCGCCCACAUCGGCGCCUUCAUGGGCGGUCAGCUGCGCAUCGAGAACACCGAGCUGUUCCGGACCGGGCAGGCGGCGAAUCUGGGGAGGUACUCCUCGCACUGGCACGUGCUCUCGUCGGGCCGCAACGUGGACGUGAUGGACAUCGCCUACCUGCGGAACAACUCCUACCACGACACCUUCCAGCGGGCCGUGGUGGUCCACAGCACGGACUACGCCACGGUGCAGCACAACGUGGCCUACCACGUGCGCGGCCACAUGUUCUUCACCGAGACUGGCCAGGAGCACUACGCUCUCUUCGAGCACAACUUGGCAGUGGCGCCGCUCCCGCACCACCUGUUGCUGGACGACGACGACACCCCGGCGGGCUUCUGGCUGCCUGGUUUCACAGGCUGGCACCGCUCGAACCUCGCCGUCAGCGCCGCCCGCGGCUGGCGCGUCAGGAAAUUGGACGGCGUGGCCAGCCAGCAGACGGACCUGACGUUCUUCAACAACUCCGCGCACGCCUGCGGCUUCGGAUGGCACCUGAAGCCGCCGCAUGCCCCGCCGACACUGAACACCUUCACGACGUUCACUGCUUUCCGCUGCGCAACCGGGAUGUUCUAUUACGGCACGGGCAAUAUUCACCACGUCGACCACCGCUUUGUCGAGUGCGGCACCGGCCAUUUCAUGAAUCACCUGUCCAACGAGCUAAACACAAAGCCGUUUUUCUUGGAUUUGCUUCUUGUUGGUAACAUCGACCCCACAGCCCAAUUGUCAAAUGGGGUUGGCCUGGGCGUACGGGCGCCGAAGGACAAUGAGCAUUUCUUCGUAUCAGGCAUGAAAGUCAUCAGUUACUUCGACACUCCUGCACUGUACGGAUGCUUCGACACCAUGUGUACCAUGAGAUUCGAGAGAAGUGAGUGGUACAACUCCUCCGUGCGCACUACCAGCAGCACAGGCAUAUCUGGCAUCUUUCACGACCUCGACGGGUCACUCACUGGAUUCCCGAACGGCUUCGUGGCGAUGCACACGCCCUUCAACGAAUUCGACGGUUUGUGCCAUGUCACCGAUCAGCACAGAGGCGGGAUCGUGUGUGGCAAGCCCGACGGCUCACUGCGCAUGCGUCGGCUCUAUUUGCACGAUCAAGAUCCUUGGCAGCUUGACGACAAAGACCUGACUGUGCAGACGAACAUUUCAGAGGCCAUUAUCCCCUUCACUGUAUUGAAACUGUAUGGAUGGGCUGUGCCUGUGGUGAGCGAACAUGAGUACGACUUGAAGAUCGAUAAUGAGAAUGACUUCCAGCAGCUCACGCUCGACUACGGAGGCUCUUGGGGAUACGUCUUCGAGCAGCAUGGUUGGACCACCGUCAUCACACCACAGGACGAAGGCGUCGUAGCUCACCUCAACUAUUCCACCUGGCGUGACCAUUUCGACGCGGCCUUUGAGAGUUUACAUGGAAGCACGGCGCGUAUCAGCAAGGAGCCGUCCAUGGAUGACCCGUUUGGGUCGUAUUCCAUGAGGCUCUGGCCGCACCAGUGUGAGUCUUACAACCUCACCGACGAGAGCCGGCACAUCUGCAGCGGGGCGUACGUCAAUCAGACAGGUCUGGCCAUCAAGGCUGAAUUCGAGGAGCAGUUGCACUUGCCCCAGGUAGGGGGCCGUCUCACCACGUCCCUCUCCGCGCACAUCGACCAGCCCGGGUCACUGUGGCAGACGUUCUGGGCCAGGGAGUGCCCUGACGAGGGCUGCCCGGAGCCCAUAGUCUACGACGAGUCCAUCGUGCGCCCCAUGAGAUUGUGGUCGGACGCUUCUGCCUGGCCCUCUGGUCGGCUGCCAGAAGAGGGCGACACGGUCGUCAUCAAUGCCACGGAUUGGGUCCGGCUCGACAUCGAGACACCGUUGCUUCAGUGGUUGGUCGUAAUGGGGCGGUUGGAUUUCGCUCGCAACGUGAGCACCAGGUUGAACAUCCAUUCAGCGAAGAUUUGGGGCACUGUUGAAAUUGGGACCGCGGAUGACCCGAUACCUCCUGAAGUGAACGCAACGGUGGCGCUAUACGGAGAGGAGACGGACCAUACUGUUGUCAUGGUCGAGGGCCUCUUCAUGGUCAACAAGGUGUUUGGAGUGCUCGGCACGCUCACCGCGUUCGGGUCAGACAUCAACUGCACGUUGUUUGCCAAAUUGUACGCCACGGUCGAGGCUGGGGCGCAGGAGAUGGUGCUGAGAGGCAACGUGAGCGAGUGGCCAGCGGGCGCGGAGAUUGGCAUCUCUGCCACAGAGUACCCACAGCCUCCCUUGACGACGGAUACGGAAGUUGUCAACAUUGAGGGGCAGCCUUUCUACGACCCAACUUCGGACACCACGCUUGUCCGCCUGAGCCAGCCCCUUAGUAACCGACAUUUCGGCGGCGAGAUCCCGCAGGACGGAGGGGGGCACUGGCCGACAGUAAGGUUGGCGGCAACUGUGGCGCUGCUCUCAGGCCGCUCGAAUGUCGUCUUUAUGACUGGGGAUACACAUACCGACCACGGGGGCCACGUCAUGAUUGGAGGCUCUCAGGACGGCGUGUGGGUGGGCUCCGUGAACUUGCGAGCCGUAGACUUUGUGAUGAUGGGCAAGUUCUUCCACGAGUACCCGGCCUUGUACUUCAAGUUCCAGGGUUCGAGCAUCGGAGCGGGUAACAGCAGCACUGUAGAUCGGUGCCUCUUCAGUUUUUCGCAGGCUGGCGGGGUGGCGGGCGAUGGGGUGCACCACCUCACGCUCAGCAGCAACAUCUUCCACCGGACGUACCGCACAGCCCUGUGGAUCAUGAGCACGGCGCUCGGGGAUGGCAUCGUAGUGCAAGGCAACGUGGCUAUCGAGACGCUGCGCCAUCCACUCGAGUCCACCGGCUGGGUCAUCGGCUUCGCCGCCUUCCUCAUCGAGGUGCCUGUAGCGAGCCUCGUCGGUAAUAUCGCCGCUGGCUCCGCGGACACCGGCUUCAUGAUCAAACCUUCGUUGGACGCCUGCGUUGAGGGGGAUUCUGGACUGGCGCCACUGGAAGAGGAGCUGAUUAACGAAGCCGUAGCGUGCAUGACAGGUUUCUUUGUCUUGCGCGGUUGCGCGGAUGAUUGCGACAGUUGCGCUACGCUUCGCGGGGUGGUAGCCUGGAAGAACAGCCACAUCGGUAUCGUCACGGUGGACCAGAACACGAAUUUCCGCAUGGAUUCCGUGCUGGUGUCCGAUAACCACAUCGGUACAUCCUUGCAUUUCCAACGGUCCCGCGAAGACAACGAGCACCGGGUGUACAUGCACAACGUUACCAUCUUCGGCUCCACGAGCGCGUCCACGUGCGACGCGUCCAUCUGGUGCCGCGCCUACGGCAGGUCGGACGCAGUGGGCUCGAGCUGCAACUCCGUGGUGGGGUCUGUGUUCCGGCGGGUCGGCUUCCUCUCCCACAUCGUGAACAGCAUUGGGAAGACGUGCGCGUUCGGUGGCAUGAUGCCGAUAUGUCGGCCUCCGAACCGGCCACAGAAGAUGUGCGUGAUGCCGUGGGAGCACCGUCUCGGCAGCCACGGCUCGCGAUACUCGGAGGUGGUCUGGACCUCGCCCACUUUCGGGCACUUCCGCAGCGACGACUGCGGCCUGCCGUCCGUGGCCUUCACAACGAACCCCACGGCGAUCGACACGUUCCACCCGAGCCGCUUCUCCGAUGUCGCCUGGCUCAGCACGGCGUCCAGCGACUCCCGCCUCAACCUCGCCGAUUGGUCCGGCGCCGCCUCGUGGAACCGCGUCGGCUGCGGCGGGGCGUGCGACGGCAUUCUGCAGGCGGCCGUGCUGGACAUGGACGGCAGCCUGCUGGGCGCCGGGGCCGCAGGCUCCGCAGUGACGAGCGCGAACCCCGACCUCGCGACGAGCUCGUGCGAAGAGCGGUCUGGCCAUUUUGCCUGCCCGGGGCUCGACCUGCGGGUGCUCUGGUGGGAGGCCUACGACGUCGGCAUCCCCGCGGUGUUCAGCCGGUUCAAGGCCUGGCGCGAGUCGGACGACACGUCCACUUGGUCCUCUGGCCCUCUGGACGACGGCUGCAUCCCAGACCCCCCCGACCGGGACCGGUAUUGGCUCCUCAAGCCCAGCGACCGAUACAACCUGACCAUGUUCUCCUCGCCUCCAAAGCACCACCGGCUGUUCUACUUCAGCGAGAGUGCGGACUCGAUUCGGAUAGACAUCUUCCUCACCCAGCCCUUUCAGCUGCAGGUCUACGUGGACGACGUUCUGCUCGGGGACGAGUUCGACACGAGCAUCGCCUGCCCAACCUGCGCCCCCUCACCGAGCCCGGAGCCCGAGGUGGAGCCGGAGUCGGAGCCCGAGGCGGAGCCCGAGUCCGAGCCGGAGUCGGAGCCCGAGUCGGAGGCAGAGUCCGAGCCGGAGUCGGAGUCGGAGCCGGAGUCUGAGCCCGAGUCGGAGAGUCGGAGCCGGAGUCCGAGCCGGAGCCCGAGGCGCAGUCGCCUAGCCCGGCCGAGGUCACGUCGCGGACGGUGGCCCGGCUGCCGGUGCUGUCCGAUCCUCACGGCUCGCACGCUUUCGACCCCCACGCGCGGCGCUUCUAUCUUGUGCUGCGCGGCGGCACGCACAACGGGAAGGAUCCGACGAGCCACCAAGGGAGGCGGGUUCAUUAUGGUGAAGAUGCUUCAGGUCGUGCAGCUCUCCAUCACUCUGUCCACCCCUGUGACUGAGUUCGAUAGCACAAGCUUCAUCGGCAAUUUAGCGACGCUUCUCCAGAUCGACCCCUCUCGCAUCAAGAUUGUAUCUGUGCAGACUGGAGCCCGUCGGCUUCGCCGGCUCGGACCUGGGAACGCGCCGACGCCUGCACCAACGCCCGCGCCGACGCCAGCACCGACCCCAACACCUACGCCAGCACCAACGCCAGCGCCCACGCCCGCACCGCCCACAGCACCUACCCCAGCCUCUGGCGUGGCGCUUACAAUCCAGAUCGCAGAAGAAGAGGUCGCGGCGGCCAAUGCCACUGCGAAUGCCACAGACAACAGCUCCAGCGCUAACGAUAACCAGACCAAUUCGACGAAUGGUUCUACUGGGGCAACAGUCGCGGCCGUUGCUACAAACUCGUGGAACCUAGAUUCGUUGGUGAAGCUGCAGGAGAUUGCGGUUAAAUUCCAAGAAGCAGUGUCGAGUGGCGUUGCCACCGUAGCGUUGGGCACCGAAAUCGAGGAGGUCGAGGUAGAGGUCUCGGACGCGUCCCGGGACAUGGCGACAUCCACGAGCACGACCACUACCACGCAGACGCAGACGCAGACCAACACUUCCUCCACUACCAAGACGGCAUCACUGACAAGCAGCAGCAGGACGAGCGGCAGCACGACCAGCAGCAGUACGGCGUGGACAGCCACAGAAACCGAAAGCACGUCGGAGUCCACCAUCACCACUACUUCCACGGCCAUCACGGCCACCUCCACCACCACGGCCAUCACAGCCACCUCCACCACUACGAUCUCGCGGACCUCGACGACGACACAAACGACGGCCACCACCGCCACGAACACCAGGACCUCCAGCACGACGCCGACGGCGACGUUGACGCAAACGACGGCCACAUUCACGGCGACCAGCAGCGCAACUGAGACCACUGCGACUGCCACCACUAAGACGGACACGACCACUGCGACCUCCAGCAUGACCAGCACCACCGAGACAGAUACAAUCACGUCGGUCACCAGCGAGACCAGCACUUCCACUUCGCUCUCGGCGACUCCUACGUCUGAGACUAGUACCUCGACGACUAGUGCCUCUGCGACUGCUACUUUUGUGACUGGCACCUCAGUGGCAGGCACCUCCGCGACUGUCGUUUCUGUAACCGGUACCUCUGUGACUAGCACCUCCUGGACUGGUACCUCCAGAACUGGUACAUUUGGGAGUGCCACCAGCACUAUAACGAUCACUACAACGAUAACCAGCACUUCCUCGAUGACCGCCACUACAACGAUCUCCAGCACAACAACGGUCACUAGAACGACCACUCUGAGUUCAAGCACAGGAACCAGCAGCCAAACCUCGAUGAGUUCCACCAUGAGCGACAUCAGCGUGACUCUCACAACUAUCGCGAGCGCGACUGCAACAGCGACGCUCACUGCCACCCUCCAGAGAGUGACUGUGCAGAUGGUGGUGCAGAACGUGGAUUACGACCUGCUGCUGGCAAACGUGACCCUUCUGGACUCAUUCAAGCUCGCGUGCGCUGGAGCAGUUGCCGCGCAGGCGGGCCGGGGCAUCUCGGCCAGCGAUGUGCACGUGACUGUGUACGACGGCUCUGUCAUCGUGGAGGCCACUAUUCGAGAGCAGUGCCAGAGAAUGUCUCCGUGGUCACCGUUGCCGAUAAUGUGGGUGCCUUCGAUUCGCUCGCCGACGCGGUGGCGCAAGCGGUCCAGCCUGUGCCCGGCAUAGCGAGCGUCCAGACGGGUGUGAUCGGCGUCAUCCAGGUGACAACCACCACCACCACCACUUUUGCCAGCGUCAGUUUGCCAGGCCAAGUGGACGACGCCAACGUCGCAAGCACCUUGCUUGUGUUUGGGGUCAUUGCGGGGAUCAUCUGCGCUGGGGCGUGUGGAGGUAUCAUCGUGUGGGUCAACAGGAGAGGACGUGGAGAGCCCAAGCCCGGUGAGAUCCAGAAUUUCUUCCAAGUCGCCCCCGUGGAGGCUACGCCUGUGGAGAUCUUCCAGAACUCGCCCAGAGACACGAUCCACUCUGUCAAGCAGAAGCUUGACGACGGCGCCGACGACUCCGACGACGCCGCAGGCAAUGUCCUGCACGAGCCCAAGCAGCAAGGGCACCCUUUUCCCCAGGAGUUCGCCCCAGGGCGCGUCAACGACUGGCUCUCCUCCGUCGAGGACGUGUCGGACCCCCUGGCGGCCUCCUCGUCCGUGUUGCCCGCGCUGCCGCAGGUGACGUCCAGGAGGAGCGACGGCCUCGGGGUGGUCCGCAGGCGCUCGCUCAACGCGGGGCAGGCCUGGUCGUAGAGGCCGAGGGCCGGGGGGCCGCGUCAGCGCCGGCGGCGUGGCGAGGGUGCUGCCCGGAGGGCGGCCCGCGAGGCGGCCAAAGGGGGCGAAUGGCUCCUCCUCCUUCUCCUCCUCCUCCUCCUCGUCCUCCUCCUCCUCCUCCUCUCUGCGUGCCAGGGGUUCGGCUGCACGCGCAGCCGGAUCGAGGGUGCGAGAGCGAGGUCGGUGCGGUGAGGGCGCCCCCCGGUGUGCCUCGUGCUUGCUGGCGGCCCCCCUCGUGCAUCCUGGGGUUACGUCGGGGCCCGUCCCUCUGCAGGGGGAG